AUGGCGGAUCCAGGCGAGCAGUCAGCUUCGUCAUCCGAGGCUACUGCCUGGUGCGGGACAGAGGAUAACAUGGAUGAUCCAGAGGAGGUGAGAGUAGUUUUCUGUGCCCUUGAUUCUUUCUCCCAAUACUCCAAAGUCGCACACUUCAACGUCACUCACCUCAGACGGCGCUCCUUUUACGCCCUCCCCCAGGCUCACUGGAAAAUGCUGGCGGCGCACCCCUUCAACUUUCUUGAAACCCUAGACAAGACAGACAACGCAAUAGACGCAAACGCCGAGCUGGCCCGCGCAAUUGUCGCCCACGGCCUACGGUCAUUCCACAACCUCGCCGCCGUCUCUCAGCAGGGCGAGCUCAUGAUCCCUCUGCAGUGGACGGGCGUAGCCAAACAUGGGGAUAUCGACAAGGCCCGGAGCACGAUCCGACAACUCUACAGGGACUGGACAGCAGAAGGCGCCGCCGAGCGCGACGUCUGCUACGCGCCCAUCCUGAGGACGCUGGAGCAAGAAAGAGCACGCACGGAGCCGGGUACGCCAGCAAAAGUGCUGGUUCCCGGCGCAGGCCUGGGCAGACUGGUAUUUGAGCUGUGCCUCAAGGGAUACGAGGCCGAGGGCAACGAGAUCUCAUACCACCAGCUUCUCGCGUCGUCCUACAUCCUGAACGAGUGCCGGGCGGCUGGGAAAUACACCAUUUACCCCUGGAUUCACACAUUUUCCAACCAUCUCACCCGGGCGAACCAUCUCCGGGGCUACAAAGUGCCCGAUAUCCAUCCCGCCACGGCGCUGGCCGGCUCAGCAAACCCGGGAAGCAUGUCCAUGUGCGCGGCUGACUUCCUCUGCCUGUACGCCGACGAGGAGCACAGGGCAUCGUACGAUGCUGUCGCGAGCCUGUUCUUCCUCGACACCGCGCCCAAUCUGAUACGUUACCUGGAAGUCAUCCGCCAUUGUCUCCGACCAGGUGGCGUUCUCAUCAACGUCGGCCCGCUGCUGUGGCAUUUUGAGAACCAAGCCCCCGGGAACCACGGGCACGAUGACGACGGCGACGGCGAGCACGAUUACAACAAUUCGUCGGGCAUUGCCGACCCAGGAAGCUUCGAGCUGUCCAACGACGAGGUCAUGGGAUUGUUGGAAAAGCUGGGGUUCACAGUGGAGUGGGCGCAGACGGGAAUAGAGACGCCGUACAUCCAGGACAACCAGAGCAUGCUGCACACUGUAUAUAAAGCCGCGGCGUGGGUGGCAAGAAAGCCGGGACAGGAGUGA